AUGGAAUGUGCAAAAGCGCUUAGAUUAUUCGAUUCCUUAAAAAUUAUGUGCUUCAAGAGAAGGGAGUUCUCCAAUCUUCUGACCGGCUAUGUUAUCCCAGCUGUUUUCAACGUCUGGAAAAGACAGCAGCAGUGUUUGCUAAAUAGCAUUAAGGACAACCCAAUUUGUAUUGCGUCUGACAUGCGAGUGGACAGUCCUGGGCACAGUGGACUGUUCGGCUCAGGGAGUAGCUUAGAUGUUGACAGAAAUAUAAUUCUGGACACUCAAGUUGUUAAGGUAAUUGAAGAAAUAUACAAUCUAUCUGAAAUUGACACCUAGACUCCUAGAUUUAAUUAAGCCUGCAUGGUUUCCAUAAUUAUGGUCGAAAAGAUUGAGUCAAGAUCUUUCUCAUCAGCUGAUACCUCGCGAAAUACAACAUUUUAGAACUGAGAACUGCGCAGCGAUUAUAACUAGACAAUUACUUAUUAUUUAUAUGUGGUUUACCCGUAUAAACUAUUAUAAACUGGCACUUUUAGAUAGAUCGUAACUUUAUUUUUACGACCAUUAUGAAUGUUAAUUAAUGUAGAGCACCGAAGUAAAGAAUUCGAAUGCGAUGGAACUGGAGUCCCUAAAACGACAACUGGCGUAUUUGGAGCAAUCUGACGUAAACGUGAAAAAGCUGGUCACAGAUAGACAUUCUCAGGUUUCGUCUUACCUCGCACAAGAAAAGCCGGAUAUUGAACACGCAUACGACGUUUGGCAUGUAGCGAAAGGUAUUGUACUGUUUACUAUACCGGGUGUCCCAAAAAAAAGUACUCCGGUUUGAUUUAUAAUAGCUUCUAAACAAGGAAAGCUAUCAAACAGAAAUAACUUGCAUUAAAUAGAGGGAGGACUAACUUAGAUUUUGAUAUAUGACAGUUGUAUUUUACUUAAAAAUUCACGGAGAUAUUAAUGUUCAAAAUCGGAAGCAUAUUUUGGGAUCUGUCUAAAAUUAGCGAAAAUCGGCAUAUCAAAUAUUAACUCCAGCGUUUGUUUGCUUAAUGACAUAUCAGGCUAACUUGUAUUUCAGCGAAUUGUCGUUAGGGUUUGUAAGGGAUAUGGCAUAUAGAUUUAGACAUCUUAACAUGCAUAACAUGUAAGUCUUAGCUCAUUGUUUCCUGAAAUAUGAACGUUCGAAAUUAUGCAAGUAUUUAAUAGGUCUUUACAAACUUAAAGGUACAUGAAAGACCAUGCAAGGCAGGCGCUUAAAUUUUUCUUAAUUUAAAUAGUCUAAUUUUUUUAUGUUUCUCAUGGGUUCAAAACUGAGUUGAUUAAUUCUCGGUUAGAGCAGGAUGAAUAUUAUUCUUUAAUGAAGGAAAUAAUAUUGCUUUUUGCAAAUACACAUCACAGUAUCAACGCUACUAUUUUGUUACGUUUUGUUCCAAAAAUGUUGGAUGUCUCUGGGGAGUUGCUUGUUAUGUCUUAUGGAGUUGUAUAUAGUUUGAUUGUGUUUCAUUCUCAGUUUAUUCUGAACUUAACAAGAUUAUAAGAAAAGGCAAAAGAGUUUGAGUGUUCUUAACAAGAUUUCAGAACUUUGCAGAAGUUAGAAGAGCUUCACAAUUCCAUUGUGACAGCAUGCCCUAAUUCAGAACUACGAACGAUAUUCAUGACGAUCUUUCGAGAUGCAGUGGUACGUCUCAUGAAAUAAGGAAACGUAUUCGUGCUAGGAACACACGCGGAUUUCGAACGAAUAAAUCUUGCUUGUAUUUUCUAAAUAAUAAUACUUUGUUUCAUAAUAAACAAUUUGUCAAGUGUCAUUUAUUUACUGGUAAUAGUGCAUGUUUCAAUCGGGCAAAUGCUGAUUAAUAUUUGAUACGCCGUUUUUUGCAUAUUUCAGACACAUCCAGAAAUAUGCUCCCGAUUUUAAACAUUAAUUUCUCCGUGAACUUUAAGUGAAAUACAACUGUAAUAUAUCAAAAUCUAAGUUAGUCAUUCCUCUAUUUGAUGCAAGUUAUUUCUCUUUAAAGGCUUUACUUGUUAAGAAGUUAUUACGAAUCAAACCGGAGUACUUUUUUUUGGGACACCCGGUAUACAAAAUCACAAGAAAUAAACUUACUAUAAUAGGACUUACUGUGCGCGAUAUGAAAUUGACUAGAAAGCGUGAGUGCUUGUAUUAAAGUCGUAAACAACGUAAUUAAUAAAUGCCAUUACAUAAUUUAUAGUUCUAAUUACGAAUCAGUUAUUACUGUAACAUACCGUUUGAAUUGUAAUACUGAAAUACCUCGGCAAACUUGAGUAUUGUGAAUGAUCUUGUAAAACGAAUACAGCAUUGCAUUUUAAAGAUUUGAAAUGUACGACUUGAAAUGUACAACGUUUUGAAAUGUACAACUUUUCGGCAUGUGACAAAUAAAUAAUUGGCCGUGACUAACAUUCCGCUUUCGUUUAUUGGGCAAAUAAAUCGGGAUUUUCCCAGUGUAGGACACCAGCCGGGUGAAAUCACUAGCUAUAAUAUUACUUGUACAAGUCACUUAUUGUAGAUGCUCAUGCAUUUUUUAGGAGAAAAAAAAACGGUUGCUGAAGGUUGUGAAAAUAAAGAAGUUUCGAAAAUUAAAGCCUUGGAUUGGUGUCUAAAAGGGAUGUUUAAAUAUUUUUGACAAUUUACUUGGUGUAGCACACUCAAGCCGCACUUGCUCUUUUCUUGAGUUGCUUUUCUUAUUAUUAUUCAGCUGUUAUUCCUUAAGUUACAGUAGAUAACAACUGUAAUUCGUUCUAGAAUACUAUCUUAAAACAUGGCGGUGUUGAUGAAUGGAAAAUUUUGCACGUAGUCGUAGCCCACUUGUUUAAAUUGUUGUGCGCAAUUACUGUUUUCUAUAGUCUAUCAUCAACCACAUGUAUUGGGUGGCCAUUUCAAGUCAAUCACCUGUUGAAAGGGAGGAAAAGUGGCUAAGUUUGCUGAAUCAUAUUGUGGAUGUGCACGUCCACAAUGAGAAUAAGUUGUUUAUGAAGUGUACCCACGAAACAAUAGAAAGGCAAUAUAUAUAUAUAUAUAAGGUCUAUGGCCUUUUCCAGCAUCAAUAGUGCCGGAAUUUGAAAAAAAAACCCAGCCGAAACAAAUACCAUAUGUUAAUUACAGCCAGAUUCAAGACAUCGAAAUAGGGCGAACUUGUAUGUAUAUAUAUUAACAAGCGAUACUACCGAUAUUUGUAUAGGAUCGGCGAUUUAUAAGAAGUUGAUCGAGAUUAUCACUAGGCCAAGACUACUCACAACGAUACGAAAAUUAUCAAAUUAUCAUCAGACGUCAGGACUAGAAGCAAAACACACACUCGACAACACAUUUGCGUCGAAGAAUAUAUACUACCCUUACCACUCACUCAUGGCCAGGUUCGUAGCUUUGUACCCCAGCCUUAUUCAUUCCUAUUUUGUUACUGCGUAGCAUAAGGAAUUUUACAUAGUACUAACCUCGGUCUUACAAAAUUAACGUGAUUUACUUCCCAAAUUAGGUUGUUCUGCUCCAAUCUACAUUAUAAUGAAAACGCGAAUAGGAGCCAAGCAACUACAGCUGAAGGGGUCAGUCGGUGGUCAAUUGUUUACCCAAAAGCGAACAAAGGGGAGAAGGCUGUGGCUAAACCUUUAAAAGAACAACCGACCUACAGUAAGUGCAACCCUGGUGCAACCACACACAACACGAAAUAAUCAUAUUUGGCAUGCUAUUUUUUAGUUUACUUGACAUAAAACUAUCAUGUAUUACAUAAUUGAUCAUAUCAAUUGAUGUAUAUUAUACAAAGGCUGUACAUAAAAUGUUUAAUAUGAAAACAGUUUAACCUGUAUUUAUUUUAUAAUAGAAUAUAUACAGACCAUUCAAGAAGAAUGCCUCAAGCUCCGAAACGACUUUAGCACCCUCAAGAAAGCAAUAAGCCAUUCCAAAGAACUCCCUCCGGAAGAACCCGUCACUCUAGUGGAAAAAUAUCUAGAUGGUAAACAACGAAAGCCAAAAUCCGAUAUUGUGGCGGCCAAGCACAGUCGAUUUACUCAGCUAGCUUUGCCAGGCGUAGACGAAGACCAUUGCGAUUGUUCGGGAAAAUGCGCCACAAGACGAUGCAAAUGUAAAAAUGAACUUCGCAAGUGUAAGUCUGCUUGCGAUUGUAAAAAAGAGGCUUGUAAGAACGUUUAG